AUGGGAUUCUCCAGGGAAGAAUACCGGAGUGGGUUGCCAAGCCCUCCUCCAGGGGAUCUUCCCAACCCAGGGAUCUAUCCCAGGUCUCCCACAUUGCAGGCAGAUUCUUUACCAUCUGAGCUGCCAGGGAAGCCCAAAAAUAAAGGCUAUACUUCAAUUUUAAAAAAAGAUACAUGCUCCCCGAUGUUCAUAACAGCAAUAUUUACAAAAACCAAGACAUGGAAGCCAUCUAAGUACUUGUCAAGAGAUGAAUGGCUAAAGUAUACAGUCAAUAUAUAUAUAUACAGUAUAUAUAUUUACUGUAUAGCACAGGGAACUAUAUUGAAUAUCUUGUAA